UUGCACACGAAGUGCUCUCUUCAUCCAUCAUGAAGUUCUCAACCGUCCUGUUCACUUCGCUAGCAUGCGCUUCAACAGCGAGUGCGCAAUAUUUCUCUGAAGGAUGGCAACCAGGACAACCAAUCCCCGAUGUCAAUGAAUCACCACCGACACCAUCCCAUCAUCCUUCACAGCAUGCACCACCACACACCGGUGGUUCACUGUUCGACGUAUCGCGAAUACUCGAGUGCGGUCCUGUCUCUGGACUGUUUAAUAAGAUUGGCGUGAACAUCUCGAAGCAUUUGGAGGAAGCACGGAUGCAGACGGAGAAACUAUGGGAUCGACGGAUACCUCUUAUCACGGAUGAUAACUAUGACGAGAUCAUCGUGAAGGAGGAGCUCACACCGGAGGAGGAGGAGAAGAGGCUUUGGUUUGUUGUUAUCACUGCACAGGCAGGACAACAGGGUGGAAUGUCUAAGUUUCUAGACGAUAACUUCGAUACGGCAUACAAUGAAAGUAUCAUAGAGGGCGACCUUCCGGACGUCCGAUGGGCUCGUAUUGAUUAUUUCAAUGUCACAUAUCUCACGACAAAGUGGAAUAUCUGGCAAGCACCAUAUGUAAUGGUGAUUCGCGAUCGCGGGCAAACCCUGUAUUUCUACAAGGCCAACCAAGUCCGUCUCACACCUGAAGUCAUCCGAGAGUUCCUCAAGACGGAAACAUGGAAGAACAGCGUAGCGUGGAAAACACCAUUUUCCCCUGGAGGAGAUUACGAACGAUACAUGCACUACUACGCCCUCGCCACUCAAAAGAUCUACAACCUUAUAGUCGUACUUCCUCGCUGGCUAGUCAUGAUCCUCUCCGGAAUCGUCGCCUCUUUCGCAAUGCGUCUUAUGCACAGGAAUCCCGCAGCGGAAGUAGCUGUAAGCAGAGAGGAAGAGAGGAAGUUGAAGUCGCAACAGAGAAGAGCUAAUGAGGCUGCAUCGAAAGUUGAUGGUGCGGUGGGUGAGGGAGUGAGUAACGUGGAGACUAAGAGCGCUCCAAGUAAGAAUGGGGAGAGGGUAGAGGGUGUGAGUGGAAAGACAACAGGUGCAAGUCCGGGGAAGGUAAAGGUCGGGGCUAAAGCGAGGAAGUCGAAGAAGUGAUUCCAGAGAAGUGUAUGAUGUAUGCUGAAGUAUAGUAUUUAAGCCGGUUUUAUUGCUUCAAGUUUGGGUUCGAAGAGUUGGAUUUAUUUUCGUUUCACCCGGAUCGUUGUAAUCGUGUCUGUUGUAGACUUAUGCUUUACCUCGCUUGUUGACUCAGUGUUCAGAACAGCAGCAGUUCGAUUCCACGUAGAUCUGUAUCCCAAUAGCUAGUGCUACAACUUCAUUGACAUGCUACGAACCUAUAUCCAGAAACUUCCACGAACACAAUGCGACGAGAAAGAGAGACAGGGACGGGUAUAUGAUGAAGUGAGAAUGAGAUUGAUGAAGAUGCAAAAACGAGUGGCAGGUUGGGAGACGGAGUCUAUCUACUAAUAGAUAUUGCUUCGCAAA